AUGUCCUAUACAUCUUUAGACACAAAGGUAUCAGUGUUUAGAGUAGCCUUACCUGUGCAUAUACUAUCAGAAGAGAGUUUGCUGGAGAAGCUUUCAAAAGAAGAAAUUCUUGAGUAUCUUGAGGUGUUUCAGUACUUUGGCCAGGAUCGGGAGGGACGUAUUUCAACAAAGCAACUAAGACGAGCAAUGCAGAUGGUGGGACUGAACCCAACUGAUUUUCAAAUACAAACUCUUAUCAAUGAAGUGGAAUACGAUGGUGACGGUUACAUGACGUUUUCUGAUUUCAUUAAAACCAUGGAAGAAUAUAAGAAACCCGACGAUAAAGUAGACCUUAUGAUGGCAUUCAAGGUGUUUGACUGUAAUAACAAAGGCUACAUUGAGACGAAAGAGUUGAGAAGAGCUUUCAUGAGACUAAAAGGAAUUACUAAACAAGAACUUGAGGAACUUCUGGCGACUGCAAAUCUUGAAAAAGAUAGACACAUAUACUUUGAAGAAUUUUCAAGGCUGUUAGUACCACUAAUCAACAGAGACCUGGACAUAAUUUGCUUGUAA